CGUUUCCAUAGCAACUGUUGUUGUCAGUCGUGGUAACAGUGUCAGUAGCAGAUGGCCGUUUUUGUGCUAUAAAUAUUUAGUUUUAUAUUGUAAGGUGUACUGUAAGGUGCACCGUGUCCUCAGAAAGGUAAUUAGACGAACCAUUAUAGAGAAAUGAUGGCUGGAAAAGGCGGCUUGACGAAACUGGACGUUGGUGUUUUAAGCGCUGAGCAGCAAGAAAAACUGCGACAGUUCAAGAUCAAGACGAGAAUCGAAAACGAGAAGUAUUUGAGGUCGCAUCCAGAAGUGGAGGUCCUGAUAGGCGACUUUCUGAGAGAUGUGCUUCUUAAAAGGCCUGUGGACAUUCAUGAAUUUGCUGCAGAUCACUUCACCAACCCAAACCUUCAUGUGGUUAUUGGCUCCAAAAUGGAAGGAAACAGUGACAUGGAGUGAAACAGUCGUGGUUCUGGAAGUUUCUCCUGAGUGUCUUUCUCUGUACCGAUCAACAUGUGUGUUGUGUGGACUCUAUUUUAGUAACGAAUGGAUUUAUGUCAGUCCAAUUGUCAGAUUGUUAUCAGACAUAUGCAGGAAGUUGGCUAUGAGGGAAGAUGGUAAUAGCCGUUCCUAAUGAGUGCAAUUAGAGGUUAAUGAGAAGAGGAUGUCCUGAGGGUAUUACACACACACUGUUCUGUUUGUCACAUCACCCACAUGAUUGUGAAGCGAACCAAAACCAUCUUUUUGUAUUCUUACUGUUACCCAUGUACUGAACUUUAAUGAGUGGACACACUGUAGUCUGUAUUGAUCUAGAUACGGACUGUGUCCUCUCGACUAUGUGGACCACUUGGAACACAGAUUGUGAAAAAUCAGAGGUUACCGAAAACCAGUCAAGAUAUUUAUUUGACUCAUUUAUUUUUAGAUGAAACUGCAGUUUUUCUUUGUUUUUUCCUUUUUUUAUGUACAUUGUGCCAUUGGAAUAUUGGAUACACAUUUGUUUGGAAAAUAUAAAUUUAUAAAUCACAAAAUAAGGAUUAGACUUACUAAUGAAACAUACACUUUCAGAGUUACAGUCACACAUUAGACGUAGUGAAAAUUACACUUUAAUUAAUUAAUUUAUUAACUCCUGGAGAGAAGCGUGAGGUUUUUCCAUUGAGCUCCUGUCAUAGUUGGAUUUAGCAUCUAAAUCUGUUUACAGUGGAAUUUUUGCAGUGGCCUUGACAUUCAAAUGUGGUCAUUUCAAUAUUCAAGAGCUGCUGUUUUAUGUUUGCCAGCUUUCUCCAUGGAGACGUUGAAUAGAGCCUUUAUUGUGUGGUAAUCUUUUGUUUGUUUGGGGGUUUUUUUGGUUACAUAAUUCUAUUUGGACAAUGCAGUUCUGUAUUAAGUUGUAGUGUAUGGAAUUUAUUAACUCAUCCAUCAAAUCAGCUUUAAUUUGAAAUUAUGUAAGAUACAUCCUGUUGUCUAACUUCAAAAAUAAAUAAAUGACUGCUCCUUCAACUGA